UGAAGUUUUUUCCAUUUUUGUAUAAAUUUAUUGCAAAAAUUUGCAAAACGGAGUUUUCCUAAGUUAGCUAGUGAAAGCAAUUGCAACGCUAUAGUGUGUGCAGAUGAAAACCGCAAGUUAUUGAAGUUUUAAAUCGAAUUAGUGUAUUCAACUAACCGGCCAAAGUUUUGCAUUCUGCCCCGUGAAAAGUUUUUCCCAACCCAUAACCAAUGAAAAUGUGGCAUGAGGCACGCAAGCAAGAGAAAAAGAUCCGGGGCAUGCUGGUGGACUACCGGAAGCGGGCCGAGCGGCGACAGGAUUUUUACGAGCGAAUAAAAGCUGACCCGACGCAGUUCCUGCAAGUUCACGGUCGCAAAUGCAAGAUCCACCUGGACCCGAGCGUGGCGGCAGCUGCAGACAACCCAGCCAUCAUGAUGCCAUGGCAAGGUCACAAGGACAACCUGAUUGAUCGGUUCGAUGUGCGGGCUCAUCUGGACUAUAUUCCGAUGAUACCCAGCAAACCUGAGCAGCCGGCCGAGGAUGAUGUACUGGACGUUGAAGAACGAGCUAUGAACUACGAGCGGUAUCGCGUUCUUGCACAGAACGAGUUCCUCGGCAUCAGCGAGGAAAAGUUUCUGCAUCAGCUUUUCCUGGAGGAGCAGUUCGGUGUGAAUGCACAGGUUGAAGCCGAACAGAAAGCAUCCUCAUCGAAAAAGAAAGCCGGCGGUGGAGUAGCGAUUGGUUACACAUACGAAGAAACGGAACCAACCGGCGUGGUUCCGUUUACACAAACCAUCACGGCAAUCGAACAGUCUGCGGCCGCGAACAAGUACGAUGAGUGCAUGAAGAGUGACUCGGACUCGGAUUUGGACAUGGAUGUGUCCAUCGACAUCAAUAAGGUGGGAAAUGCCCAGGCCCAUGAGAUGAACGCUUGUGGGCGGCAUUACGGAAUGAAGAGCAACGAUUUCUACUCCUACUUGACGAAGGAUGCGGAUGAAGCGGAAGCAAUCCGCAUGGCUCGUGAAGAAGAACAAGAGAAGAUAAUGUUUAGUGGAAGAAAAAGUAGGCGUGAACGAAGGGCGCAAAGAGAACGGAAGUUUGCUGGCAGACCAACUAGCCCCCCAAGCUAUGCUGCUAAGGAAGAAUUAGUUCCGAGGACUUACGAUGAUCCUAAUGAUAGUUCGAGAUCUCCUUCACCUAUCAAUUCUGGGAAAAUAACCUAUAUUACCUCAUUCGGUGGUGAAGAUGAACUCCAGCCACACUCAAAGAUUUCGAUUAGCUUUAACAAAGACAGUCAAGCCGGGAGCUCGAAAGGCGGUUCAUAUGCGGAGAAAGUAAAGCAAAAUUUAGAGAAGUUGAAGAGCAUGAGUUCUAAGCAGGAAGUACAAAAAAUGCCGGCGCAAUAUCAGCGAAGGUCUCGAAGCUACAGCGAUCGCAGCAGGAGUAGAAGCCGAAGUGGAUCCCGAUCCUGGCGGAGGCGAAGGAGUCGAAGCCGCUCGAAAGGAAAGCGCACCUAUUCGAAGUACAGACGACACUCACGGUCGACUUCACGAUCGUCCAGGUCAAGAUCACACUCAAGAGGCCGACGUGGUGGCCGUCGUUCACCAGAGUACGGAACUCGCCAUAGAAAGGCAAGAUCAUCCUCAUCAUCGUCUCCAGUUCGGAAACCUUCGCGAAAAACUUCCAGUUCGGAUUCUAAUUCCUCUCGUAGUCCCAGUCCAGUUGCGACGAAACCAAAGCGAACAUCACCUCCAUUUUCUCAUAGAAAAGUCACAGUGAAAACAGAAGCGUCUGAAAAAGCUUCCGUUUUUGUCCCCGUCGAGCCGCCAAAGUUAGCUGCACCUUCAACCUCGAUAGAACCGGCCGUUUCGGUCGUAAAAGAAGAAGCAUCUACUAAAGUGCCUAUACUGGUGGAACCGGAACCGGAAGUUCCUAUUCGACGAUAUUACGGUCGGAAACGCGAUGACCAAAGUUCUAGUGACAGUGAAUUGAACACGGACAGUUCCGAAGAUGACGAACCGAAAAAGGCGGGACCAACUGAGCAACAACCACCGCCGGCGAUGGAAUUUUCCACUAUGGCGCCACAAACGCAAUUGGAGAAAUUCGGCGGAAGCUCACAUUCCGGAACGUUCAGCUUCAAGCAGGAAAAGCCGGAAUGCGCUCCGUACGGACCGUCCUCGUCGUCGGCAAGGUUUGGUAAAUCAGCAUCGGUCACUAGCGCCGGUGCUGGCAGCUCAAUCGGCCCACCCGAGUCCAAAAGCGGCGAUGGUGGUUCCGGUGCAGGUGGUGCACCCAAGUCACUUAAUCCUAGAGAUCGGUUAAAACGGAAAAUGCAAAUACUCUUGAAUAAGCAGUUUAAAGCAGACAAAAAGGCAGAAAUCGAAAAGGUAGAACGUCAGAUUCAGCAGCAGCAGGAACGAGAAGAUGAAAUGCGUGAGCUGGCGCUUAAACUAAGGCGCAGGCAACGUGAGCUGCGACACAAGUACGGCACGCCUGAAAGCGAUAAGAGCCCGUCCAAAUCCGCCGACAGUUCAGGGGAGGAGCAUUACAAGGAUACACGUUUGCCACCGGUCAAGGAGCCAUCGCUUCCACCAAAGCCUCCCGCGGCACCACCGGCGACAAGUUCAACCAGUUUCAGUACUAGUGCAGUUAUCGAACGUAAGCCGGUCCUCCGGCGAGUUGCGCAGGUGGAAACCUCGCGGUCUCCUAGUCUCGUUAGGAGCGUACAAAGGCGUUCGCGAAGCCGUAGCCGUUCACGUUCUUCGGCCACCGGUGGACGAAGCAUUGUUGCCUCCAGCAGCGGUCGGCGUUACGACGAUCGUCAUUACAGGAGACGUUCUCCGCCAUCUGCGCCACCUCCAGCACCAACCAGAUCUCGAUAUCGAUCACGCUCUCGUUCGCGGGAUCGUGAUCGUGACAGAGGACGUGAGCGACGCGGGGGAAGCAAAACUUAUCGUGAUUAUGGGCGCGGUGGAAGCAGUCGUUACCAUCGACGAAGAUCGCGCUCGGUGUCCCGGGAACGACGCAGAUCACGCUCGAGAACACGCCGAUCGAGUUCGCGAUCUAGAAGCAACGUAAGUGCCGGUAGUAACCGCAGGGAUAGAUCACCUAAGAUAACGAAAAAGUUGGUUGACUAUUAAUAUAUCCGGUUUCCUAUUGUGUAUGGUUUACGUUAAGAAAAUCAGUGUUUUGCCAUAUUAUAGAGCGCGGUACCUACCUGAGUCUACCGCUUAACUCUUGUUAUAUCAGUAAGUGAUACAUUAUGGGUUGUGCAUGCUAAAAUGUUGGCAAGCAAUAGGAUCAUGGUAAUAAAACCUACAUUUCUCAGGACGAUAUGAAUUUUUGUGGAACAACUCUGCUAAAACGGAAAUAAAGU